CUGGUAGAACAAACCAUCUCCAAACAUAACGAGCUCUCCUUGUCAAUAGUCAAUUGGCAACCUCCAAAGCGAUAAUGAGUAUCCUUGUGACUGAGGAAAAAUCUGUAAUUUCGAUCUUCUGGCCAACUAUCAUAACGCCAGCAGUAUUCAUCACCAUAUAUACUAGCUUGGCAAUGGAUCUUGCCCGCAAAUGUAUGGAAUGAUUGUUGGCAAGGUAUUCCUUCUUCUCCUUCUAAAUAAAACUCCUGAGGUGCCACUCGGAGCAUGAUCUUGGGACGUUGUUCAGAGAUAUACCAAAAAAUAAUGGCGGGAGGGUUCAAUAGCUCAUUACCCACGGCAACCAAGACGGUUUCGUUUUUGUUAAAAUUUGAUGGAGCAGGAACAACGGCGUCCUUGAGAACCCUGUCAGGAACACUCGAACCAAAGCUAAGGUCAGUUAAAAAAGCGACCCAAAAGAAAGUAGACAAGGUAGUAAGGACUAUAAGACGCUUCAUGGUGAUUAUAGGAGCGUGGAGCGGGGAAGGAUAAAUACUCAAGAGAUAAAAGCGAAUAUUAGCUUGGAAAUGGUGGUGACCUUUUU